AUGAACCCUGGUGUUCGGGACAAUGGAGAGGUGGUAAGUGAAAGCAAAGGAGAGUAUGAUGAGAUGCCAACGUUGGUAGAUAUUGGUGGUGAAGAUGAGACGAAAUUUGCCGUUGGGGAGCUGCUGGUCUCGAGGCAAGCACUUAACACUCAAAUUAAGACGGGUGAUUUGGAGCAGCAGCGGGAGAACAUAUUUUACACUCGAUGCCAUAUCUACGAUCAGUGGUUGAAUGAGAGUGGGAAAGCUAGGGUCAAUAAAUGGGUGUUAAUUAAUUUCUCGGUUGGGAGGGAGAACUUGGCACACAUGAUGGGUAUAGGAACAAGCAUAGCUUUGUCAAGGAUGGGAGAUAAAGUAAAACUGAAAAAUGAGGAAGAAAGGCAAGCGAGAGAAUUUACAAAAAGGAGAGAAGAUAGUGAGCCUAUGAGUAAGAGAGAAAAUAAUGAGAUGGCCGAGAGAGGGGAAAGGAGAGAGAGGCCACAUGAGAGGAGAGAAAAAGAGUCAGUGGAUCGGAGAGAAAAACCAAAAGUGAACUUCUUUGCGAGGGGAAGUGAAUUGAAAAAGGCUUUGAGUGAUAAAAGACAAGUAUUUCAAAGACGUGUUUUUGGAGGAGGUGCCAAGUUGAUUGCCACAGUUCGAGGGAUCGAGCACCAAAUCGACUUCAUACCCGGAGCUGUUAUUCCAAACCAACCAGCUUACCGAAGCAAUCCCAAGGAGAGGAAUGAGCUUCAGAGACAAGUGGAGGAGUUGAUGAGCAAAGGUUAUGUGAGGGAGAGCAUGAGCCUUUGUGUUGUGCCUAUUCUAUUGGUGUCGAAGAAGGAUGGGACUUAG